UCCUCCUGGAGAUCAUCAACGCGAGUCGAGUAAUAUACUAAUAUAAAAAGAGAAGCUGCCAGAAAGUAGCGUAGUAUACACUACUAGUGUGCACUAGUGUGAAUGUAUCUGGACAAUAUGCCACGAGGAUGAGGUCGUAAUAAUGGAUUAGCUGUUUUGUGAGAAAUCAAACUAAUAACGGGUCAGUUGGCUGGUUUAUUUAUUUGAGUUGGAGAAUUGUAUAGAUAACAAUGGGGAAGAGGAAAAAUCGUCAACCAGACGUCAAUGAUGAGGCCAGUAUGCAUUCCUCAGAGUCAGGGGAGGAUACCAAAUCAGAUGGCCUAAAAUGCCCUCACAUCGUUAAGUCGAUCAACGGUAAUGCUCUUCGUAAGAGUCUAAAGAAGAGUGGAAUCAAUAUUGAGUGUACGACAUGCAGUAAAGUUGAUGCCAAUAAAAGCCAAGUUAUUGAUGACGAUGAGAUGUCACCAUUAACCCAACCACUCUGGAUAUGUUUGAAAUGUGGCCAUCAAGCUUGUGGAAGGCUUCUCAACAAACAUGCGGAACAUCAUUUUAAAACACCUCAUAGUGAUUCUCACUGCCUAGCUAUCGAUACACAUAGCUGGAGUAUCUGGUGCUAUGAGUGUGAGAUUAUGGUCAAUGCUGACAGUAGAAAACAAUUGCUCGAAAUGGUUGAAUUCAUAAAGAAACUCGCCACGACAACCUACACCCCACCUCAGCCCGCAAUCCCCUUGCCGUCAAUUGAAAAUAAGUCAAACGACAACAUUCCAUCCACCAAAGACAAGCAACAGAAGCCCUUAACUAAUCUAACGAGAGUCGGUGGAUUGAUGAACCUAGGAAACACCUGUUUCUUCAACUCAGUCCUCCAGUGCCUAGCGCAAACUCCCUUCCUGGUCAAAGUCCUAGAAGAUUUACGAGAGCCAGACGCUAAAUUUAUUCUUCCAGGUGGUAAAUGCAAGCCCUCAGAGGACGCUCAAGAAAUGGAGCUGCCCCCCAUAGAGGGAAAACUCGAGGGAUGGGGCAACUUUACAGCGACUUUAUGGAAGACAUUAACAGAUAUGCAGACAGCUGAUAACAAUCAAACAUACAGGCCCUCCGAACUCCUCAAUUCCUUUAAGAAGAAGACGUCCCAAUGCAUGGAUGGUGGCCAGCAUGAUGCCCACGAACUCCUUCGACAUCUUCUGGAACAAGUGAGGAAUGACGACGUUAGGAGGUACCAAGCAGUCAUUCUCAAGAAGAUCGGUCUCGAUGAUAAGUCAAAGCGGCAAGCUAUUGAUGGAACUAUCAAAGCGCAAGUGAAAUUCUAUGGAAAUCAGGCCAAUGCUAGACAUCUGGGUUCAGAACCUGUCUUUCGAGGGGUUCUGGUGUCGACCCUUGAGUGCCUAGACUGCCAUCACUCGUCUCAACGUACAGAACCCUUCCUUGAUCUUUCACUCCCAGUCCUCAUGGAGAAACCCCAGCCCCCAGUUGUAGGAAAACGCAGGAACAGUGGUCUCGACGAUAGUUUCGACCUCAUGGGCAAUAACAUCACCAAUCAACCUUCAAAGCAUCAAAUGAAGAAGGAGAAGAAGGCUGCUAGAAAAAAUAGGAAGAACCAUCACAACUCCAAUACCAAUAAAUCGUCAAUGAGCCAGAAUAACAUGGAGGAGGACCAGGCGAGUUAUGCAGAGUCUGAGGAGAGUGAUGCUGAUGUAGAAGAUAACAUAGAGAAUGAUGGAAUGACGCCGCAGGAGGUGAUCGAGUCUGGUUACAGUUCGGAGAAAGUGUCAACUGUUGCCAGUCCAGUGUCUCCCAGUGGAGAUGAUGAGUUGAAUCAGACUAAUGGCAAUCCUCCUACACCCUUGGAAUUCUCGGAAUCGACGAGACUCAAGAAUUAUGCUUCAUUGGAAUUAGAUAUUGAGGCGCAAGGGCAGUUAUUAGCUACUGCGGCCCUGCCAAAUCUCUCGUCGACGUCAAUCAUCUUUAACUCUGAAUUGAGUCCUGAAGGGGUUACUGUCAGUCCUCUCAGCAGUCCAAUGACGUCCAAGGAGAGCCCCACUAGUCCCAUGUCGAGUUCUCAAGAGAAAUUGAUGUGGAAAAUUGUGGUAAAUCACGAUGACCCGGAGAAUAAAAUUAAUAAUAAAGAGGAUCAAACAAAAAAUACUUUCUCAGAGGCCGAGACUGACGAAUGUCGAUCUGGUCCUGAGACUGAGAAUUCGGUGAAAAAACACACUGACAAACGAAAUGGGGUGAAUGAUAUGACGACUGGAUUAUCAAAGUUAUCGGUCACUGCACCGCAGUCUCCAACUAUCUCCAGCUAUCAAGUAGCUAGUGGCGAGUGCUCAAUCCAGUCAUGUCUCAAUCAAUUUACAGCCAGGGAAUUGAUGAGUGGGAGCAAUAAAGUUGGCUGCGAAGCUUGUACUGCUAGGGAGAAUAAAGGAAAGAAGGGCAAGAUUGUGUGUACCUCCAGUACGAAGCAGUACCUCAUUUCACGAGUACCUGCCGUUCUGAUACUCCACUUGAAAAGGUUCCAGUCACAAAGAUUUGGCUUCAGAAAAGUUACCAAACACGUUGCAUUUCCGAUUAUUCUUAAUCUAGCUCCAGUCUGCAAGUAUCAUGACAAGUUGAAGAUGUACUCGCUUUAUGGAGUGGUCGAGCAUAGUGGGACGUUGCAUGGGGGUCACUAUGUAGCUUAUGUCAAGGCAAGGCAGCCACUCGAUGCCAGCGAUCCCAGGUGGGCCUUCUUGCCGAAGGCUGGUGCUAAUGAUGUUGAGCAGGAGAAUUCGAGGGAAUCGGCAAGAAUAGAUGAGGUUAAUGCGGAGAAGGUUCAACCACCUCCUGGGAGAUGGUAUCAUGUCUCAGACUCCAGAGUAAUGGAGGUCGAUGAGGCAAGUGUACUGAAAAGCGAGGCAUAUUUACUAUUCUACGAGAGAAUUCUAUGAUUAAACGAUAGAAAACACUAGUGUUUAUUUUGCCAAAAAUUAAGAACAACUUUGUCCAUGGCCACAUUAAAAAAAAAAACAAAUACGGUUGUGUAUGUUCACAAUGAGAAAAAGAGCAAUAAUUGAUUUUGCAUGUAAUUCGUUGGAAUUUUCGCAAUAACUACUUGUUACAAAGUCCUCCCUGUUAUGUGUUCACGACAAAUUUAUUCAGAUGUAAUUUGAGUGUCGGAAAUGCGGAAGGAGUGCAUUUUGGCAGUGAUUAUUAUUGAGAUAUUUUGCAGUGUACCUGUAUUAUUCUUCAGCUCAUCAUACCGUAAUGGUUGUUCAAGUGCAUUUUUUUAUUGUGUCACUAGUUGUUCACCGUUUGUGGCUAGAGUAAUUUCACAUAGGUUUGAUAAUUAAUCAUUGUAGGCAGCGGAUAUUUCAAACAACUUUAUCAUUAAGCGAUUGGAUUUUUUGUGUAAAAAAAAUGAAGAAAAAGACAUUAUAUGCA